GCGUGUUGUAGCUGGAGUGUUCGAAGGAAUUACUGGCUGGCACGCACGCGCGCACGGGCAUGGUGGCGGUGGUGAUGAUGGCGAUGAGGAAGAGGAUGCGCGGCGCGCUGCUGGCGCUCGCGCUGCUGCUCACCGCGACGGCCGUCGUGCCGCUGCUCCUCCUCGGAGAGGCCGGGGACGACGGCGUCGGGGCCGUCGCCGCCGCGCCGCCGUUCAACGCGUCCCGCGUCAGGGCGGUGUCGUGGAGGCCCAGGGUCUUCGUCUACAAGGGGUUCCUCUCCGACGACGAGUGCGACCACCUCGUCAAGCUGGGGAAGAGGAAGAUGCAGAGGUCGAUGGUGGCGGACAACAAGUCCGGCAAGAGCGUCAUGAGCGAGGUGCGGACCAGCUCCGGCAUGUUCCUCGACAAGCGCCAGGAUCCAGUGGUGAGCAGGAUUGAAAAAAGAAUUGCAGCAUGGACCUUUCUUCCUGAAGAAAAUGCUGAGAACAUUCAGAUACUCCGAUACGAGCAUGGGCAGAAGUAUGAGCCGCACUUUGAUUAUUUCCAUGACAAGGUCAAUCAAGCACUGGGAGGCCACCGUUACGCGACGGUGCUCAUGUAUUUGUCCACUGUCGAGAAGGGAGGCGAGACUGUGUUCCCCAAUGCUGAGGGGUGGGAAAAUCAGCCCAAGGAUGACACUUUCUCUGAAUGUGCACAAAAAGGAUUGGCAGUGAAACCAGUUAAAGGCGACACGGUGCUCUUCUUUAGCCUUCAUAUCGAUGGCGUACCGGACCCGCUCAGCCUCCAUGGGAGCUGCCCAGUGAUAGAAGGUGAAAAAUGGUCUGCACCAAAGUGGAUCCGUAUCAGGUCCUAUGAGCAUCCUCCUGUCUCAAAGGUGACAGAAGGAUGCUCCGACAACAGUGCACGUUGCGCGAAAUGGGCUGAAGCUGGAGAAUGCGAGAAGAACCCGGUAUACAUGGUAGGUGCCGAGGGUUUGCCCGGCAAUUGUCGGAAGAGUUGUGGCGUUUGUGAUUCCUAGGAUGUGUUUAUUUUCCUAAAUCUGAUGUUUGUGUCACUUGCUGAACACUUGAUUUGUACAUACUUAGAGCAUUUUCAGAUGAAAUAGGUAGCAUUUGAAUUUUCAGACAGUGAACAGUAGCAUACUAUUUCUUCAAAAACAACGGCUUACAUCCUUUGCACAUGGUUUUGAAAUCUCAAGUUUACUUCUAGUGGAGGUGAAGACUGUGAAGUAAGUUUUGGUAUUUUACUGAUGCAGAAAUGGAAUCUGUCCUUCUGGCAACAA